GGUGGAGGUACACGCCGAGGAAAAAGUUCUUUUGUUGAGCACCGGACAUUUCUUCAUCUAUAUCACAGCUUUCAUCGAUUGUGGAUAUUUCUUGUUAUGAUGUUCCAGGGACUCACAAUUCUGGCAUUUAACAAUGGACAAUUCAACUCCAAGACUCUGCGGCAAGUUCUUAGUCUUGGGCCAACUUAUGUAGUGAUGAAGUUUAUUGAAAGUUCUUUGGAUGUGCUUAUGAUGUAUGGCGCGUAUUCAACAACAAGACGCCUAGCUUUGUCAAGAAUUUUUCUUCGUUUCAUUUGGUUCACUAUUGUUUCAGUUGUUGUAUGUUUCAUUUAUGUGAAAUCUCUCAAAAGUUCGGCUAUUGUCAGAUUAUAUGUGAUUGUUGUAGGCAUCUAUGGUGGUCUCCAAUUUUUUGUUAGUUUCCUAAUGCGGAUACCAGCAUGCCACCGCCUGACUAAUCAAUGUGAUCGUUGGUCUUUGAUGCGCUUUAUCAAUUGGAUGCGCCAGGAACGGUACUACGUUGGACGUGGCAUGUAUGAGAGGACCACUGACUUCAUGAAAUAUAUGCUUUUUUGGCUUGUUGUCUUGGGCGUAAAAUUUGUGUUUGCAUAUUUUCUCCAGAUCAAGCCAUUAGCUGGGCCAACAAAGAUAAUAGUUGCUAUGACCAAUCUAACAUAUUCUUGGCAUGAUUUUGUAUCAAAACAUAACCAUAAUGCUUUGACAGUUGCUAGUUUAUGGGCUCCAGUGGUUGCUAUGUAUCUGCUAGAUAUUUACUUGUUUUACACCAUUAUAUCUGCCAUUUGGGGAUUCUUGCUUGGGGCAAGAGAUCGUCUUGGAGAGAUUAGAUCUUUGGGAGCUGUUCACAAGCUUUUUGAAGAAUUUCCUGGAGCUUUUAUGAACACUCUUCAUAUUCCUCUCCCUGAUAGGACUUCACAGAGUUCUUCCAGCCCGGUGAGAAAUUUUAUGCAUUUGUGUUUUUUUGUUGUUGUGUAGAAAUACUGGCUUGUCAAAAGUUCUCCUAAGUCUUCAUGCAGAUGUGGUGUUCAAACAAUUUAUUAUUAUUAUUGUUUUAUCUCAUCAAGGUGGAAAGACCAUGAGUAACAUUUAGGCAAUUAGUUAAACAAUCAUAGAAAAUGUUUAAUAGGUGUGACUGUCCAUGGACUUGAAACCUGUUGUGCUUCUUAAAAUUGGAGUUCUAAAUAAGUAGAUGUGUUUGAA